AUCUCAUCCCAUCCCAUCCAUCAACCACACGCGCACACGCGGGGGUCGCAAAUCGCAUCCACGCGUGUUUCACUCCCUCAAGCAUGACUACCCUCGUCGCAGUGCCCGCGGCCCUCGUGCCGCGCAUACACACCGCGCUCUCGGUGCUCGCCUUCUCGACCGCCCUCUUCCUCGGCUGGUUUGCCGGGCUCUGGGAGCAGCUGUGCGAGAACUCGGUCGCAAAGUGGCCCGUUGAGUGGUUCCCCUCGGUCUCGGCGACCAUCGGCGACCACGUCGCGCCGCGCGCACCCUUCCAGAUCCUCAUCGCGCUGACCGCCACGCCGCGCUUCGUCCUCCUCGGUCUGCAGUGGAUCGCACACCGCUACCCCCCAUCGGCAUCUGUGCGCUCGUCGGGUGCUGGUCCGGCUUCGGCAGCAGCGCCGUCGGCAUCCACCUCGACGUACCAGGGCAACCUGCGCUCGCGCUCCAAGGCGCACAAGGACGACGACGAGGCACAGCACCCGCUCACCGCUGAGGAUGCUGGACCUGUGCCGACGGUCGCCGCGCGUACUGGGCUCGUUGACGCCGAGAUCAUGUUUGGCGUCGCGCGGACAUUCUGCUGCGGAGGUUGGAUGUACAUCACGUCUCGGGAUCAGCACGACCUUCACGACCUGUUCAUGAUCAUCUACCUCGUGCUCAACGUCCCGUGGAUGUAUCUCUCCACGGCGCACUCGACCAACGACCGCGCCCGCAAGUGGAGGAAGAUUACCUUUGGCGGCUUCAUCGCGUCGGUGCCACCUCUCAUCUACCUCUUCAUCCAGCACUCGGUCAACCACGUCCCCGGUGCCUACACCCGCUACGCCUUCUUCGAGUGGAGCCUGGUCGGGUGGGACGUUGCGUUUGACGCUGCGACCCUGUUUGAGCUCGGCCACCUCCAGGUCCGCAUCAUCGACACCACGUCGACCGCAAAUGGCGCCGGAGAAAAGAAUGGAUUCGCUCAAGGCCUCUACAUUGCCCCGGUUCCGCGCUCGGCUUCGCGUUCAGAGGAGGACUGGACGGCCGCGCCUUCGCCUCCCUCGCGCUUGCCAUACCGCGAUGCACUUGCGUGGUUGAGCGACGUGUGGUUUGCCGCCGCCUUCUGGACCAUCUUCACCAGCGUCUCGGUCCAGCUCUUCUACUGGUCGGUGUGGAAGCUCGCCCUGUCAGGCUCCGAGGCCGCCAUCCUCAUCAACCUCGCGCCGUAUGCCCUCGGCACACCGUGGUACCGCGCCUAUGCGACGUCCAAGGAGGGCCUCUUCCUCCACCGCUCGCUACUCUUUGUCGUCGGUCUGGGAACUUACGCUCUCCCCAACGUCGGCGCGCGCUACCUCUGCGUCCUCAUCGGCAUGUGGGGCGGCUGGAUCGCGCUGGCUGCCGACUCGUACCGUCUCCGCGGCAGUCCCGAGAUGCUCUCCCAGGGAAAGAUUCUCAUCACUGGCCUCAUUGUGACGCUUCUGGCCAAGUACAAUGCCUAUUCGAACAACCCGUUCUGGCCGGUUAUGGACGCCGCGUCAGGCGGCUGGAACAAGACUGGCCUGGUCAUCUCGGCCCUUGCCCUCGCCGAGUACUACUACCGCCCCAACAACCUGUUCCCGGCACCGCCCGUCGGCGCGACGCUCAAGGACAAGCCGCUCAACCUCGCCUUCUCCCGCUCCCAGCGCUUCCUCAUCGCCAUUGGCUUUGGCGCCAGCGUCCACCUCAUCCAGACAUUUGUCACCGACUCGGGAACCAUCAUUGCGUGGACGUGGACCGGCUGGCCUCUCACCGGCCCGACUCUGCACCCUUGGUCUGGCCUGGUCAUUCUUGUCGUCAUCGCCGGCCUCUUGACCGACUACACGCCGUCCAACGCCAACGUCACGACUGUUAGUGUGACGACCCUCGCGUCAUUCCUCGCGCUUGACAAGAUUCCCGACUGGGCGGGCUUCCUCGCCGGUCUCGCUCUUGUGUUCAACAUUGUCGUCACGUUCCCUUCACUCCUCCGUGCUGCCUCUGCCAUGCCUCCGGCAGUCACUGGCCGUGCCAUGAUCUUCAACUGUGUUGUCGACGUCGCGUCAGUGUUCACCGUCGCCUACGCGUUCGUGCCCUUUGGCUGGCUCCUCCGUGAGCGCACCGAUCUCGUCACCGGCCUCAUUGUCGUUGCCCUUGGCGCUGGCAUCGCCGGUGCCGCGACGCUCAAGCUGCCCGACGAGUCCCGCCUCCACACCCGCAGCAAGAACCGCAUCCACGGCAUCAACCACCUUACACGCCUGGCUGCGGCUGUUCUCGCCGUCGUCGCCAUCGUCACCUCGUUCAUCCACUACCGCGCAGUCCCCACCAAGACGCGCCAGCCCACGCCGUAUUUCCCCGGUCACAAGAUGUUCUCUGGUGGCAUCUUCACCGUCCACUUUGGUAUCGACGAGCCCGGACGUGACAGCCAGCGCCGCAUUGCCCAGCUCAUCGACGAGAUGCAGGUCGACGUCCUUGGCCUCCUCGAGACUGAUCUCCAUCGCUUCGUGUACGGCAACCGCGACCUCACCCGCUACAUUGCCGAGGAGCUCGACUACUACGUCGACAUUGGACCAGGACCGAACAAGCACACCUGGGGCGCGGCAUUGUUAUCGAAGUACCCCAUCCUCAACUCCACCCACCACCUCCUACCUUCGCCUGGCGGCGAGCUGGCGCCCGCGAUCCAUGCCACGCUGGACAUUCACGGUCAGCACGUCAACGUGAUUGUGAGCCACAACGGUCAGGAAGAGGACCCCCUCGACCGCGAGCUGCAGACGACAGAACUCGCCCGCCUUCUCCACGAGACUGGCGACACCCCGACCGUCUUCCUCGGCUACCUCGUUACCCACCUGCACGACGAGCCGCCGUCGCCAUACGGCAUCCUGUUCAACGAGCACACUGGUCUCAUCGACAUUGAGACGCUCGACCGCUGGCGCUGGUGCGAGUACAUUGGCUUCCGUGGUCUGUGGCGCAUUGCCUUCUCGCGUCUCGAGCACUCGGAUGUCACCGACACCGAGCUCCAGGUCGGCAAGUUCUUGCUACCACUCCCAGGCCAAAAGGUCAAGUAUGACGACGACUCGCAGCUGUACUGGCACAUUGCGGAAACAGACAUUCCCGAGCCAUGGCGCAUGCCGACCAUGUUCCGUGUACCCGGGGUACGCGGCCACGCGUACCGCAUCUGGGACGGCCCGCUGUAUUACCUCCCCCCCGCGCACAGCGGGUUGCGCGAGUACGGCUGGGGCAAUGACACGACAUGGCCGCCGCCUCCAAAGAUUCCGGCACUGUAGCUCAGUAGUAGUGUAGGUUAGGUGGUGGCAUCAUGGCAAACAUAUCAUAG